GCGUUGAUGGACAGCACACACCGGGCCCACUGACAUGAGCCACAAAAAGCUAAUUGCAUUCAUUAUAUUAAUAAACUAUUUUCAAAUCAAAGUCAUUGACGGCUUUUAUGACUUUAAUUCUGUGCAAAAUAUCAAUAAUAAUUACAACGAAUCGGCGCUAAUCACCAAACGUGUGAACGCUAGGACUAACUACAAGUUGAGCUGGAUCAAUUUCACCACAACCACCGCCAUCACCAGCAACACAUCCAACCACAGCACCGAUUCAUUGGGUGUGCCGGUGCUGGUGGUGUCGUUACCGCCGCAACUCCGACACUUGCAACAGGCGGGUGAGCCAACACGGGUGCGGCUGGAAGUGUCGGGCAGUGCGGCCAGUAUUCGCAUCCGUGAGGCCAGUGCUAUACAUCAGGGCUUUUACAGCGCGUAUAAAGUGUACACCACUUACGGCACAACCGGUGACCAGUUUGUCGUCGAGCGAAAGGAUUUCUACAUUUAUAUCAAAGGUUUGGGCGACGAAAACGAUGGGUGCGAUGAGAACAGCACUUGUGUUAGCAAUCAUUGUCUGAACGGGAGAUGCGUUUGCAAUGGAGAGAAACCCGUUUACCAGAGCCUCAAAUGCCAUACCGCCCAACCCAUUGGCGGCAAAUGUUUGCAUUCAUCGCAGUGUCAAUGGAUGGCCGGUGCGAACGCUCACUGCAAUUACAAGGGAAAGUGCCGGUGCGGCAAAAACGCUGUUCCCAUACAUAUACCCAUUUACGGCAAAUAUUGCAUCGAACCGAAGGUUUUCAACGAUAGCUGUAUUUAUUCAGACGAAUGUCAAUUGAUUGGCACUAAUCGGUACUGUAAUGAGCACUUCAAGUGUCACUGCAUUCCCGGCUCUCACUACCAGAUGGGCGUCGGAUGUAUAGCCGGUUCGCACAGCGCCGGACCCCCACUACACACCACAUCCCAUGUAUGGCUAUGGCUAUCGCUGGCCCUCGUCUUUGUCACCACGACUUUAUGACCGAAUGAUUUAAAUUGAUAUAUAAUUAUAUAUAAUGUUAUAUUAAUAUAAUGUAUAAAUACUUAUAUAUAUAAUAUUACGGGACAAAUGAAUUAUACAAAUCAUAUCACAAACGCUUAUUUUGUUAAGUUUUUUCUUUCUCCACUAUUUCUUUCUCUCU